AUGGGCACAGAGGUCACCGGUGCUGCUGUCUCCGCUGCCACCCAGCUCCAGGACGUCAAGCACCGGCGCGUGCUCGAAUGGCUCGACGCCCAGUGGACCGAGGGCGACCGCCUGAAGCUCUUCGAGCAUGUCCUCAAGGUCGUGCGAUACGCCUCGCCAUACAUGAUCUCCGGGCGGAGUGAGCUGGCCUGCAAGGCCGCGUUCAGGUCUGUAUACCAGCAGCACUUCGCCCAGGUGGUUAACAACGAGGCUAUGAUCGACCGAUACAUCUGUCCGCCGGACGACUACCUCGCCGUAACCAGUCCAGACUACUUUACAUGGCGCGAGAUUCGGACCAUCCUCGCAGUCACAAACCAGAUUGCGCGUCGGGUCGAUUUCACCGGCGUCAUCCCCGGCCGCGGCCACAAGGGGUGCGCCAUUGGGUGGCGGGAUCUGUACGACGACAUCAAGCCGAGAGAACCGAUACCUCGCGAACCAUCACGUCUUCCUUCAUCAGUCGACCAGUGCUUGGCUCACCUCACCGACAAGCAGCGGCUCAACAUGGAACAGUGGGCAGCGGACAAGCUUAUCCCGCGUGAACACGCCAUGGUCGUGUACCAUGUCAUCCGCAUGGCCGUGCGGGAGCUGUCUUUUACAGGUCUGCUGCCAGGGCGGUCCAAUGAAGCAUGCAAGAAUGCAUUCCGCACCGUGGCUGGACUGUGUGCCAACUCUCUAGGCCCGUGUCCCGAGUAUGAACUCAUCUGUCCCGUGACCCCCACACGCCAGAGCCUGCGCGCGCCUCCCCGGUCCCAGCCGGCCCGCCGUAUCGACAACUUUACGCCAGACGAGCUCGAGACCAUCGUCCGCCAUGCAAGCAAGUACGCGGGCCAGCUGACCAUGUCCGGUGUGGUCCCCGGACGCGAGGGAUCAGAAUGCAAGCGCGCCUGGACUGGCUUUUUGGUCGACAUGGUGCUGGAGCACGCGCUGCACCCACUGUACGCCGUCAACUGGAAUGGCGAGGCGGUCAUGCCGGAACAAGUGACGCCGGGGGGGUUCGACUCCCUUACGGUGUACGCGCAGGUGUUCUAG